UGUAGCCCUCCCAGAUGUUGCUAGGCAACUCACCAGCUUCCGUAGGAUCCAGGAAGCCAGCCGCACAACAUCGCUGCCCGCCAAUCACCGCCACAGAUCGUCCGCUCCGCCACCGCUGAUGGAAUGUUAUGGAGACAAGAUCAGACCAUUUUUAAAAUACUAUGAGACUGUUUCAUAUAACAAGGACGAGCUUUAUAAGAAUCACUUGAGAGCAAAGAGAGCUACAGAUCUGGAGCAAAGCCCAAUAGAGGUAGAAAUAUUUGGAUACAACAGGAAAUUUGAAUUGAUGUUAAGGAGAGAUAAAAGUGUAUUUACAGAUGACUUUAAAGUCACAUCUGAUAAAGAGUCCUUGCCCAUGGAUAUCUCAUUUGUGUAUUCUGGCAAACUAAAAGAUGAAGAUGAUUCAUUCUGUCAUGGAUCUGUAAUUGAUGGCUAUUUUCAUGGGUCUAUCCAAACCAGAAAUGGUACAUUUUACAUAGAGUAUGAGCAGAAUAACAAUGGAACAGUGGAGUCUUAUAUGUAUCAUGAGAGAGAUAUUGACUAUUCUCUUAUGAAAGAUGUCAAAUCUUUUGAUCUGGCCUUAAAAAAAUAUGAAUUUUUGGAAAAAAAUAAGUGGAACAUAAAGGAAGAGUCUGUAAUUCGAACCAAGAGAAGUGUGGACCCAUCCCGUACAACAUGUCUUAUCCAUUUGAAGGCUGACUACUUUUUUUUCAACAGAUUUAGAAGCUUACAGGAAGCAAUAUCUCAGAUUGCUGGAUACAUGAGAUCGGUAAAUGCAAUAUAUGAUCAAGUAAACUUUAAUGGCAUCAAACAUAUUAACUUUAAAGUAAAAGUCUUAAAUAUAAUUCAGGAGGAGCAACCCAAUAAUCCGAUGCAUUCCGCCUAUAUUGGACCAGAAAAACUUUUAAUGUUACACUCCAGUUCCAACUGGAACAAUGUCUGCCUCUCAUACUUGCUGACAAAUAGGGAUUACAAUGGAAUCCUUGGGCUUGCUUGGACAGGAAAAGAAGGGAAUAAUGGGGGUAUUUGUUCUAAGUUCUCCAAACUAAAAGAAGGUCCUGACACAGAGGGAUCACUAAACACUGGAAUAGUAACGAUACAAAAGUAUGGACAAUAUUUGCCACCAAGACUUAUCCAUAUUACUCUGGCACAUGAAUUUGGACAUAGCUUGGGAUCUCCGCAUGACAAAGGAAAUGAAUGUGAAAACUUCACUCUCUCCAGCCCCAAUGGAAAUUAUUUGAUGUUUCCUUACGCCAUGGAUGGAAAUCAGUACAAUAACGACAGAUUCUCUGUCUGUUCCAUUCAUUACAUAGCAAAUCUUUUGAAAGUAAAAAAGGACAGAUGUUUUGUGGAGAGUGGGCGACCAACAUGUGGCAAUCAAAUCGUAGAAGAUGGAGAACAAUGUGAUAUAGGUUUUAAGGACAAUGACACAUGCUGUUAUGGUGUCAAUGCAGGAGAAGGUUUACAGUGUACAUUAAAGCCUGGGAAACAAUGCAGCCCCAGUCAAGGACUGUGCUGUAAUAACUCUUGCUCAUAUAAGCCGAAAGAAGAACUUUGUCGCGAUGAAGCUGAAUGUACAUAUAAAAGUUUCUGCACAGGAAAAACUUCAAUAUGUCCAACAUCUACUCCAAAAAGCAACUACACCUUGUGCAAUGCAGGAACAAGAAUAUGUCUUAAUGGAAUGUGUCGCCAAUCAAUUUGUGCAAAAUAUGGUUUAGAGCAAUGUGAUUGUGAUACCCAGUCCUUGUAUAAAAAGUGCCAGCUGUGCUGUCAACGACCAGGUGAUGCGUAUUCCUGUAGAAGUACAAAAUCUUCGGAGCUGGGACGUCUGUUUAAUAUGAGUACAAUAUUUCUUCCUGCUGGUGCACCAUGUGAGCAGAGGCAAGGUUACUGUGAUAAAUUUCACGUGUGUCGACUUGUUGAUGCAGAUGGGCCCAUUGCUAGACUUAGAAAGUCAUUCUUGAAUUUAAUAGAGUUUGACCCUGCAGCCUGGAUGAAGACACGAUGGUGGGCCAUUCUUCUGAUUAUAUUAACGCUUGGAGCUAUGAUGGCUGGAACAAUAUUAAUAUUUGGCCGGACUCUAGAUUCUAGGAAAGAUAAACCAAGGAAACCAACUGACAGAGCUAAUCCAAGAUCCUCCACUCGUCAUCAAAGAUCUAUUUAUAAGCAGAAAGAAGAAUUGUAUAUGGCAUCCAUUUAUAUGCAGUCUGAGACAAGAAUGUAGACUAUAUUAAUAAUAUGUGUGUGGUUACAAUAAUACUAUGUAACCAAGCUGUGUCAGAGAUUACUGUAGUAUGAACAAGGCUGGCUCUCCACAAUUCUGCUCCACUGGGGACCCUGAUUUAAAUGAGUAUUUCCAUGUAAAAUCUGCUCACACAAUGGCAAGAAUCGCACAUAAUACACAAAUUCUUCAUCCUUGGACUCCAUUUUUCUUAUAUGUGUUUUGCCAAAAUAGGUGCUGAAUUCGUUUAGCAUAAACAAAUAUAGAAUCUGGCCCAAACUAUUGCAAUGCCCAUUAAUUUGUGGCCGCUAAAAUAAGAACUGAAAGCUU